GAAGGUGCGGUGUGAGCAGAGGGGCAAGGUGAUGCCCAGCUGCCGUGAUCAGCGCACCCUCUGGCCCCCGGGCACGGGGCUGAAGGCUCCCGCUGCCCGAGUCAGCGGACCCCCUCCUCAGGAGACGGCGAGCCGAGGGUCGAAGUGCAAGUGCUACUGCGGGGUGGAGCCAUGCGGGGCGGGGGGUGGGAGGUGGGACCCCCAAACCGGCACGCAAACCACGGACGCGGUCCAGGCUCUGGCCAGUCGACUGCAGGAGUUCCUGAACCACAGGGACAUCAAGAGGCUCCACUCUCACUCCGCCAAACUCAGCAGCCAACUGAAGAAGCUGGAGAAGAGGUUGGAGCGUAACGUGCCCAGCGUCGGCAGCCUCCUGACGGACACCUUCGCAAGCAUCGUCCAGCACCAGGUCACCUACCACAACUUCUCCAUCACCGUGGCCAGCAUGAGGAAGGACAUGAACAGACUGGCUCAGUUGCUGCAGAAACAUGUACCACAGCCCCUGGAGGACUCCACAAAGAUCCCGCUCAAGACCCAGCAGAUGAAGCCGCCGUCUCCUCCAGGCGAGUCCUCGACGCUCGCUGGCCACAAGCAGCAGGUUGACCCACAGACCAUGGCGGGGGAAAAGUCUGUGAGGAUGCCUCCCGCUCCCGCUCCUAUGGGACCGUCCCUGAACGUGGUGGCUCGGAGACCGCCGGACAACACACGGAACAUGAUCCAGCAAGACGUGUGUGAUGGUACUCCCGUGAUGAUCAGUGAGCCCACCACACACAGCAUGUACGGCAGAGCGGAAGGGGCGUGGAUGAAAGACCCCAUCAACAACCAGGAGAGGGUCUACGUUGCCAACUACUUCUUCGGGACCAAGCUGAUGGAGUUCCGCAGCCUGGACCACUUCAAACGGGGUCGCUGGUUACACUGCUACAAACUGCCCUACAGCUGGACAGGGACAGGCCACGCGGUCUACAAUGGCUCCUUCUACUACAACCAGGCAUACACACACAACAUCAUCCGCUAUGACCUGGCCAAGCGGGCUGUAGCCAGCUGGGGCUUGCUGGACGACCUGACCAUCGGCUCAAUGGCGCUGGCCGGCUGGAAGGGCUACUCCGAGGUGGACUUCUUGGCUGAUGAGGGUGGGCUUUGGGUCACCUACUUCUCCGAUGACUUUGGCUACCUGCACGAGGAGGUCCUGGUCCUCAGCCGCCUGGAUCCCGUCGAUCUGACCAUCAGGCAGGAAACCACUUGGAAGACCAGACUCCACCGGGCUUCCUACGGGAGAUCCUUCCUCAUCUGCGGGGUCUUCUACGCCAUGGACCGGCAGAGGCAGGGGGAUGGCAUCGUCACGUACGCCUUCGACACGCACACGGGCUUCCAGUCAAACCCAGGGCUCUCGAUCCAGAUCCAGUACAAUCUCCUCACUCAGUUAGACUACAAUCCAACUGAUAGGCUACUGUAUGCCUGGGAUAAUGGACAUCAAGUUACCUACAACAUAAGGUUCGCCAACUGACUCGCUGCUUCCUGCCCAUCCCUUCCCAUCUCCAUCUCCUCGUGUGGAGGCAAGGAACUGCAGCUGCUGCUUUACCAAAAAAAACAAAGGAACGGGUGGUGGUUUGGAGGAUCUUCAAACAUACACAGAGUGCUGGAGUCACUCAGCGAGUCAGGCAGCAACUAACCCUGACCCUAACCCAUGGAUAGGUGAUGUUUCACAGAGUGCUGGAGUAACUCAGCGGGUCAGGCAGC